UAUAACACCGCGGUCAUUGCUGCUGCUGUUGUUGGUACGCGGGUAUAUGACGCGGAGACGCAUGCAGUCUGCUCUCCCAUCACGGUUCAGCUCUGCCUCGACAGCACACGGCGUAACAUCCCUCCUCAGCCCCUCUGGAGAUCUGACAUCACCCCGCAUCCUUCAUGCUCAGAUAAGGGACGAACUCGUGGCCGGAGCAUCUCUCCAAGGGCGUGGCACCUUUUUGGGAUAUUGACGCACGGAAUGUGUGACCGAAGGGUUGGAAGCUAAUAAGGCGUAAACAGGACUGUUAUUUUUUCCUCCAGCUGACAGGUCUCCAUGUACACUGUGAGCUCCAGUUCGGGGAACCCUUCCCUGCACGGAUCCAUGUCUUCCUCCGCGGAUUUCUCAGACGAGGAUGAUUACAGUGUUAAAUCUGGGUCGGCAUCUCCGGCACCCGGGGACACUUUACCCUGGAACCUGCCAAGACAUGAGCGGUCUAAGAGGAAAAUCCAGGGAGGAUCCGUGUUGGAUCCGGCAGAGAGAGCUGUGCUCAGGAUCGCAGAUGAAAGAGACAGAGUGCAGAAAAAGACGUUUACAAAAUGGAUAAACCAGCAUCUGGUAAAGGUACGAAAACAUAUAAAUGACCUGUAUGAAGACUUACGCGAUGGACAUAACCUGAUCUCACUGCUGGAGGUUUUGUCUGGAGACACAUUGCCUCGAGAGAGAGGGAGGAUGCGCUUUCACAGACUCCAGAAUGUACAGAUAGCACUGGACUAUUUAAAGAGGCGGCAGGUCAAACUUGUAAAUAUCAGGAACGACGACAUCACAGAUGGUAACCCAAAACUGACCCUGGGAUUGAUCUGGACCAUAAUUCUGCACUUUCAGAUCUCGGAGAUCCAUGUGACCGGAGAGUCCGAGGACAUGACAGCCAAGGAAAGGCUGCUGCUCUGGUCCAAGCAGAUAACGGAGGGCUACGUCGGAGUACGAUGCGACAACUUCACAACCUCCUGGAGGGAUGGAAGGCUAUUUAACGCCCUCCUUCAUAGAUACAGGCCGGACAUGAUAGACAUGAGCCGGGUGUCAACACAGACCAACAGAUCAAAUUUAGAGCAUGCGUUUGAGAUCGCCGAACAGCUGGGGGUGGCAAGACUGCUGGACCCUGAGGACGUCGACGUUCAGUCUCCUGAUGAGAAAUCAGUCAUCACAUAUGUCUCCACACUGUAUGACGCCUUCCCUAGAGUACCUGAUGGUGUUGAUGGAAUCAAUCCAAAUGAUGUCGAUAUCAAAUGGGUGGAGUACCAGAACAUGAUCAAAUACCUCAGCCAGUGGAUCAAACACAAUGUGGCCAUAAUGUCAGAUAGAUCAUUCCCAAACAACCCUGUGGAGCUCAAGGCACUUUAUACACAAUAUCUGCAGUUUAAAGAAAAUGAAAUCCCACUGAAAGAAAACGAGAAGACGAAGAUCAAGAAUCUCUACAAAAUGCUUGAGAUGUGGAUCGAGUUUGGACGCAUUCAGCUCCCCCCGGGUCAUCAUCCCAAUGAUGUGGAGAAGGAAUGGGGGAAAUUAAUUGUUGCCAUGCUGGAAAGAGAGAAGAGCCUGAGGCCUGAGGUUGAAAGGCUUGAGAUGUUGCAGCAGAUCGCCAACAGGGUCCAAAGGGACUGUGUUCAUGGAGAGGAUAAGCUGGCACUCGCAAAAACUGCCCUGCAGUCUGAUGCAAAGCGUCUUGAGUCUGGUAUCCAGUUCCUGAAUGAAGCAGAGAUUGCUGGCUACCUUUUGGAGUGUGAAAACAUCCUUAGACAACAAGUGGUUGACAUCCAAAUUCUCCUGGAUGGAAAAUUCCCCUUUGCAGAUCAACUCGUCCAAAGGGUAUCAAAACUCCGGGAUGACCUACUAGUCCUGAGAGCCGAGUGUUCCUCCGUGUACAGCCAAGGUCGCACACUGACAACAGAACAAACCAAAAUGAUGAUCUCCGGCAUCACGCAAAGCCUGAACUCUGGUUUCUCGCAAAACAUCAACUCAAGCUUGUCACCAGCCCUUACUCCUGCACUCACUCCAGGGGGGUUAGGUACCCCUGGGUCCACAUUCACCUCUAGCCUUACACCGUGCCUCACCCCGUCCUUGACACCUGCCUUGACCCCCGGCAUGCAGCCUUCUUCAGUCCAGAGCUACUUAGGGAGCGGUGGCGGCAUGGACCCGGGCAGCCUCAGGCAUUUGAAACACAUGCAGAUCCGUAAGCCCUUACUGAAAUCCUCUCUGGCUGACUCCAACAUGACAGAAGAGGAGGUCAACAUGAAAUUUGUACAAGACCUCCUGAACUGGGUGGAAGAGAUGCAGCUGCAACUUGAUCGUUCAGAGUGGGGAUCAGAUUUGCCAAGCGUGGAAACACAUUUAGAAACCCACAAAAGUGUACAUCGAGCUAUUGAAGAAUUUCAAAUGAGUCUUAAAGAAGCCAAACUAAGCGAGAUACAGAUGACCAUACCCCUGAAAAUAUCCUUCUCAGACAAACUAAACAAACUGGAAAAGCAAUAUGAGAGGCUCUUGAUCUGUUCCAGAGAGCGGCAAAGCUUCCUGGAGAGCCUGCAUGACUUUGUGUCCCAGGCGACUCAGGAGCUCAUCUGGCUGAACGAGAAGGAGGAGGAGGAGGUUGCUUUUGACUGGAGUGAUCGCAACAGCAACAUCUCAAAGAAAAGAGACUACCAUGCUGACCUGAUGAGGGAGCUGGAUGAAAAGGAGGGAGUGAUCAAGUCUGUGCAGGACAAGGCAGAGCGCCUUUUGAUCAAGAACCACCCUGCCCGGCUCACUAUUGAAGCAUACAGAGCGGCCAUGCAGACACAGUGGAGCUGGAUUUUGCAGCUGUGUUCAUGCGUAGAACAACACCUCAAGGAGAAUGCUGUUUAUUUUGAGUUUUUCAGUGAUGCCAAAGAGUCCAUAGACUACCUGAAGAGCCUGCAAGACGCCAUCCAGAGGAAAUACAGCUGCGAUCGAACUAGCAGCCUACACAGACUGGAGGAUCUCGUUCAGGAGUCUAUGGAUGAGAAAGAGCAGCUUCUUCAGUACCGCAGUACUGUUGCUGGAUUAGUGGGCAGGGCAAAGAAUAUCGUGCAACUCAGACCCAGAAACCCAGAGAGCCCUGUGAGGUCCUCCAUCCCUGUCAAAGCCAUCUGUGAUUAUCGACAGAUAGAGAUCACCAUUUAUAAAGACGAUGAGUGCGUGCUGGCUAAUAACUCACACCGAGCCAAGUGGAAAGUCAUCAACCUGGCAGGGAAUGAAGCCAUGGUGCCCUCUGUCUGCUUCACGGUGCCUCCGCCUAACAAAGAGGCUGUUGAUAUGGCAACAAGGACUGAGCAGUUAUACCAGAAUGUCCUGGCACUGUGGCACCACUCCCACAUCAACAUGAAGAGUGUGGUGUCGUGGCAUUAUCUCAUGGCUGAUAUACGAGCCAUCCGCAACUGGAAUGUGUCUUCAAUAAAGACAAUGUUGCCAGGCGAGCAUCAGCAGGUCUUGAGCAACAUGCAGUCCCACUUUGACGAGUUCCUGGAAGACAGCGAGGAGUCUGAGAUAUUCACUGUUGCAGACUGCGCCCAGCUGGAGAGAGACGUUGUGGCCUGCAAGGAGUAUUACCAGGAACUACUCAGAUCUGCAGAAAGAGAGGAACACGAGGAGUCCGUGUACAACCAUUACAUCUCAGAAAUACGAAAGUUCCGCAUGCAUCUGGAGGCGCAUGAAGAACACCUGAUCAGGCAGCUCCGCACACCGCUGGAGAGAGACGACCUGGAUCAGAGUCUGCAGCGCAUCGCAGAACACAAGAAUAAGAGAGCAGAGCUGGACACACUGAAAGAGGAUCUGGACGUCAUGAAGGAGAAGUGUGAGGUGUUCAUCAGACAGGCUGCAGGUUCUCCAUCUGUGCCGAAGCUUUCCUCAGAACUCUCUGUCCUCAUUCAGAGCAUGGGCCAAGUGUACUCCAUGUCCUCCAUUUAUAUGGACAAGCUGAAAACAGUCAGCUUAGUGGUGAAGCACAGCCAAAGUGCUGAGGCGCUGGUUAAAGCCUAUGAAUCCAAACUGUAUGAGGAAGAGGCUAUGAACUCUGACGUCAGGUCCAUUGAGGCGGUCAUUUCAACACUGAAGCAAUGGCGGUCAGAGAUAGAUGAGCAGCAGGAGGUAUUCCACGACAUGGAGGACGAGCUGCAGAAAGCACGAGUCAUCAGUGACCGCAUGUUUAAGGCCCACAACGAGCGGGACUUUGACCUGGACUGGCACAAAGAGAAAGCUGAUCAGCUGAGUGAGAGAUGGCAGAACAUUCACUCCCAGAUUGACAGCAGGCUUAGGGACUUGGAUGGUAUCAGCAAAUCUCUGAAACACUACAAAGACUCAUUCAGUAAUCUUGAUGAAUGGGCGGGAGAAAUGGAAGCAGCACAGCUAAAGGCGCAAGACAACAAACCUGAAGAUAGCAAGGCGCUGGCUGAGCUGUUAAAUAAACAGAAGGUCCUUGUUGCUGAAAUGGAACAAAAACAGGGCAGAAUCGAUGAGUGUCAGAAGUACUCAGAGCAGUACUCAUCUGCAGUCAAGGAUUAUGAACUGCAGCUGAUGACCUUCAGAGCGAUGGUGGACUCUCAACACAAGUCUCCCCUCAAGAAACGGAGGAUGCAGAGCUCUUCUGACUCCAUCCAACAGGAGUUCAUGGAUCUCCGAACCCGCUACACUGCUCUGGUUACCCUCAUGACGCAGUAUGUGAAGUUUGCGAGUGAGACACUGAAAAGAACUGAAGACGAGGAGAGAUCUGUUGAUGAGGAGAAGAGAGAGCAUGGUGAUAAAGUUAGCAAACUAUUGCACUGGAUGUCCAAUGUGAAGCAGACCCCAAACAAUGGUGGGAAUGCUCUGACAGAUAGCAAUGCCAACACAGACGCCUCUAAUAAGCCCCAGGUGUCAGUGGAGGAAAUGGUCACCAAGAAGGAACAGAUAGCAGAGGCAUUGGGAGCCACACAGAAGAUGCUGAACAAGCACAGUGACAAAAUGACGGACGAGGAAAGAGAGAAGGCCCAGGAGCAGCUGGCGUCGCUGAAUCAGGCCUACAAUGAACUCUCCCAGCAGUGUUCAGAUCAGACCACCUCUGCUGAAGAGUCCUUGCAAGAGAAACACAAGGAGUUAGCAGAGAAGUUGGAAGAGGUGUGUGAUAAUCUCACCCUGACAGAAAACCACCUGAUUGGUCAUCAGCAACAAGCUGAGAAUGCUGGGAGCGUCACAGACCUGCAGCAGUACCAGCAGGAGCAUCAGGCCCUGCAGAAAGAUGUGUUGACUAAUGCCAGUGCCUUAAAUGAAGUUAUUAGCGGUACUAAAAAGUUCCUGGAGGAAAACCGCACCAAGCUGUCGCCGGAUGAAGUCGCCAUCAUCGAGGGCAAGUUGGAGGAGGCUAAAAACAAAGCGAAGGUUAUCAAUGAGCGAGCAGAGGAGUCUAGAAAGGAUUUGGAGAAGGUUGUUACCACUGCCAUAAAGCAGGAGAGUGAAAAGGCAGCAGCAGUUGAGCGGCUUGAAGAAAGUAAGAACAAAAUUGAAGGUCUCCUGGACUGGAUUUCAAACAUCGGGAAUGAAAAUGAGAACAGUCUGGAUCAAACUGACCAUACAAGUAAAGAGAAUGGAAACCUGCCAAAAGAAACCUCAGCAGAGGGACUGAUAGGAGAUGAUGACGACGCCAAUGGAAACGCUGUACAGACCCCAGAGAGGGAGUUUGACAGAGAGACCGGCGGAAAGAAGGACGCCUCCGUGGACCUCGACAAGCAGUAUGACAGGGUUAAGGCCCGUCAUCAGGAGAUCCUGUCCCAGCAGCAGGAUCUAAUCAUGGCCACACAGUCGGCUCAGGCUCUCCUCGACAAACAAGCAGACGUGUUGUCUCCACAAGAGAAGGAGAAACUACAGAAGAACAUCCAGGACCUGAAGGGGCGCUAUGACACCUCACUGACCCAGGCUGAGCAGCAGAUGAAGCAGGUGCAGUGUGUCCAGGAGGAGCUGAAGAAGUUCCAGGAUGACUGUGAGGAGUUCGUGGGCUGGUUGGACCAGGCGGAGAAAGAUGUGACGGAGCUUGGAGCCCCUGUUGGCUCCUUAAAUAUCCUCACUGAUAAACUCCUGCGACAGAAAAGCUUCUCAGAGGAUGUGAUCUCACAUAAAGGGGACCUGCGCUUCAUCACCAUCUCAGGACAGAAAGUGCUCGAUGUGGCUAAAGCUUGUGGGCUGAACGACCCUGCAGAUAAAAAUGCUCCGCUGCAUGUGGAUACUUCAGGGACCUGUGGUGCUGUCAAGGAUAAGUUAGAUUUGGCAGCCAGCAGAUACAAGGCUCUACAUUCACAGUGUAAUCAACUUGGCAACAACCUCAAAGACGUGGUUGAAAAGUACAAGAAAUAUGACGACUCCAGCGCUGGUCUUUUGAAGUGGCUGAACAGCUCAGAGGAGGAGGCGAGAGGACAGCAAUCAGAAGCCAUCGCAGCUGAUCCACAAACACUACAGAAACAGCUGGAGGACACUAAGGCCCUUCAAGGUCAGAUGACAGGACAUCAAACAGCAAUUGACACACUUCGCAAAACAGCUGAGUCUUUGAUAACCUCUGAAGGAGACCUGCUGAGCAACUCAGACGAGAUCCAGGAGAAUGUCGAUGACAUAGUGGAGCGCUAUGACAACUUAUCCAAGUCUGUAAGUGACCGAAAUGAGAAGCUGCAGAUCACCUUGACUCGCUCCAUGAGUGUUCAGGAUGGUUUGGACGAGAUGAUGGGAUGGAUGGAGGGAGUGGAGGCCAGUGUGAAAGAGAAAGGACAAAUUCCCUUGGACUCUGCGUCCAUUGGAGACAUCCUCAGCAAAGAAGCAGCAUUAGAGCAGGACAUAGCAAGUCGGCAGAGCAGCAUCUCAGCCAUGAAGGCCAAAGUGAAGAAGUUUGUUGAGACAGCAGAUCCCUCUGCUGCGGCCCUCCUGCAGUCUAAGAUGGAAGCUCUCUCUCAGCGCUUCACUGAUGCCUGUGAUAAGCACAAGCAGAAAGUGUCCCAGCUGGAGAAUCUAAAGGAAAAGGUGGACCAGUUUGAGGAGGUUUCAGAUAAAGUUCAGCAGUUCGUGGUGAAGCGUUCACAAGAUCUGCAGGAGACAGACGGCCCGGGGAAAACGUUUGAUGAGGUGUCUCAGCUCAUGCAGAGUACUAAAGCUGAGAUGGCCGAGCAUGCCAGUGAUUUGGAGAAGCUGCAGACUCUUUCUAAAGAGCUGUCUGAAAUCAGUCCUGAUGGAAACAAAGUCCAGAUCCAGAACAAGAUGGACAAUCUGUCAAAUAUCUUCAACACCUUCAAAGACACUGUCAAAGAAAAAGAAGAGGAGGUAUCAUCUUGUCAGGACCAGCUGGGAGAGUUCAGAUCUGCAGCAAGCGCUCUCACCAAGUGGCUGGAAGAGACCAAUGAGAAGUUACCUGCAGCUCAUCCAAGCAACAGUGUGAAAAGUCUGGAGAAGGAUCUGCAGAUUGUUACUGGAUUAUUAGAGGAAUGGAAGUCCAAAGACCCUGCAGUCCAAGACCUGAACAGAAAAGGAUCAGAGCUCUGCAGCCUCAUCACACUCCUCACAUCCCCUGCCAAAACAAAGACCCCUAACAAGUCGGCUCUUACUAAUGGUGGUGGUCCAGGAAGCCAUUCCUACCUAACAAAUAAAGAGUUGAUGGUUAUCCAGCAGAACAUGUCAUUUGUCAACGAGGGAUAUACUAGCCUCGGGGAGAAGCUGAAGAGUGGAGCUGCAGAGCUAAGCACCUCUGUGGAGGAGGUGAAAGAUGCCCAGGAGGAGACAGAGGACAUGAUGAAGUGGCUGAAGGACAUGAAAAAGACUGCAGCAUCGUGGAGCAGCGCACCAACUGAGAAAGAUUCAGUGAAAACACAGCUUGAGCAGCAGAAGGCAUGCGAGGAUGACAUGAAGCAAAAGCGGGAGCAGGUCCAGAAGCUCAGAGAGAAGCUCCUCAACUUGAUUAAGACUCAUCCAAACUCCCCCGAGGCUGCCAAAUGGAAGCAGAUGCUUGCAGAAUUAGAUGCUGCUUGGGCAGAUAUUAGCGGCUCUGUGGAGGAGAGGAAGCAACACCUGGAGGAGUCCAACAAAAAUUUGGACGUCUUCCAAACGACUGAGCUGCAGCUUGGUCAGUGGCUCUCAGAGAAAGAGAUGAUGAUGAGUGUCCUUGGACCCCUCUCAAUAGACCCCAACAUGCUUAAGAUGCAGAAGCAACAAGUUCAGAUCCUCCAGAAUGAAUUCAAGAGCCGUCAACCUCAAUACGAGCGACUCCAGGAAACAGCCAAUGCCAUCCUGAACUCGUCAGGCAGCCAAGACCCCUCAAGCGGGAAGCUGGUGAGGGAGCAGGUUGCCAACGUCACCCAGAAGUGGCAAGGCCUCACCGGACAGCUGGACCAGCGGGACAGCCUCAUUGAUCAGGCUGCGGUGAAGACAGGACAGUUCCAAGAGUUACUGAGGAGUCUCAGCCAGACAGCAACUCAGCUGGAGACUCAGCUCACGAACCAUCAGGGUCAAAGCACCCAGCCCGAUGCUGUGAAGAAGCAGUUAGAGGAUGUGCAGAACAUCUCUGCUCAGCUGAGAGAGGAGAGGAAGAAGCUGAAGGAGGCUGAGACUGUCAACGCAGAGCUCACAGCGAUGGUGACUGAAGACUAUCUCAAAGCAGACUUAGCCAGGCAGCUGGAGAGUGUCGGCAAACCUUUCAGACAGCUGGAGGAGAAAGCAGCAAAACGUAUAGAGCAGCUCAACUCAACCUUUGCCAGCUCUCAGCAGUUCCACCAGACCUCCAAAGACUUCCACUCAUGGUUAGACGAGAAGCUCCAGGACCAGUCUAAGCCCCAGUCCAUCUCUACCAAAGCAGAUAUCCUGCAGAAAUCCCUAGAAGAGCACAACAGUUUAAAGAAGGCUCUCAAUGAACACGAAGGAGGGUAUAACACCAUCGUAGGGGAAGGAGAGAUGCUUCUGAAGAACACUGACGGCGCAGAGAAGUUAGCACUACAAGGGCAGCUUUCAACGCUCUCUUCCAAUUGGGAGGAGGUGAAGAAGAACUCUGGGGAACAGGCUGAUAAACUCCAGACUGCUCUGCAGAGAUCUCUGAAGUUCCAGGAGCAUGCAGAGAAGCUUAGCUCUUGGAUUCAAGAGUGUGAAGCCAGUGAGGGUAAAGUCAAGCUCACUGUUGAUCCGGUUGCAGUAGAAAGCUCCAUUUCUCAGAUGAAAGCUCUGCAGAAAGACGUCGACAAGCACAGAGGGAUGGUUGAGCAGCUCAACGCGGCUGCAGAUAGUCUACUCGAGGUGGCCAACACGGACGUUGAUGCUGUGAAAGAAGAGAAAGCUAGCAUUAACAAAAGGGUGGACAAUGUUGCAGAAAGUCUGCAGAACAAAAGGGAAUCCCUGGAGAAGAUCUCACACUCUGUUAAGGAGUUUAAUGAUGCUUACAAAGAGGCAAAGGGUCAGAUUGAGGGGGCGAAGAAGCAGGUGGAUGCCUACGAAUCACAGGGAGUGCAGGCUCACAGCAACAAGAACCUGACUAAUAUGAAGGCCCAGCAUAAGAGUUUAGAGGGAGUGCAGAACCAGGUAGAGCACCUGAAGGGCUUAGCCAAGGACCUUGUGGUGGAUGUUCCUGAUGCAGAUGGAGUGACAGACCUUUUACUGCAAGCUGACAGCAUAGACAAAGACUUCAGUACUCUCAACAAUAAACUAGAGGAGACAUGUCAGGUCUUGGAGGGUAAACUGCAGGGUAUUGGCCAGUUUCAAAACAGCAUCCGUGAGAUGUUCACCGGUUUCACCGACCUGGACGAUGAACUGGACAGCAUGGCUCCAGUGGAUCUGGACCUGGCCACUCUUAAAGAGCAGCAAGAGAGCAUUCAGAGCUUUGUGGGUAAGCUGCGAGAGCUUAUGGCCAACACAGCCAACGCCAGAGACAGCUGUAACAAGAUGCUGGAGACUGAAACCUCACCUGACCUGUUGGGCCUGAAGAGAGAUCUGGACGCUCUGAGCAAGCAGUGUGGUAAACUGCUGGACCGAGCGAAAGGCAGAGAGGUGCAGGUGCAGAGCACGCUCACCAAACUGGAGGAGCUGUACGGUAAACUCCACCAAGCUGACGAUAAACUCUGCAAAGCUGUUGACAAGGAGGCGUCCCAGGAGGCGGUGGGCAUGGAGACAGACGUCAUCAACCAACAGCUGGAGGCCUUUAAGGAUUUCCAGAAAGACAACAUCGAUCCACUUCAGUCACAGCUUCAAGACAUCAACUCCCUCGGCCAGGGUCUGAUCCAGACUGCUGCUAAAGGCACCAGCACCAAGAAGCUGGAGGAUGACCUGGAGGAAGUCAACACAAAGUGGAACACACUCAAUAAAAAGAUCGCUGAGCGCUCAGCCCAGCUGCACGAAGCGCUGCUGCAUUGUGGGAGGUUCCAGGAUGCUUUGGAGUCGCUGCUCAGCUGGCUGACGGACACAGAAGAGCUGGUGGCCAAUCAGAAGCCUCCAUCCGCAGAGUUUAAAGUCGUUAAAGCGCAGAUUCAAGAGCAGAAACUCUUACAGAGACUGCUGGAUGACCGAAAGCCAACAGUGGAGCUGAUAAAAAAAGAGGGAGGGAAGGUUGCAGAACUGGCCGAGUCUGUGGAUAAGGAGAAGGUUGCAAAAGAGAUCGGGUGCCUGGGGCAGAGGUGGGACGCUCUGCUGAAGAAGGCUGAAAACAGGCAAAAGCAGCUGGAGAGCAUCUUGGGGGUCACUCAGCAGUUCCAUGAAACCCUGGAGCCGCUGAGCGAGUGGCUCACGGCUACAGAGAAACAACUAGCAAACUCUGAACCCACCGGCACUGAGACGUCGAAGCUGGAAGAUCAGAUCUCUCAGCACAAGGCUUUAGAGGAGGAGAUAAUGAAUCACAGUAAAGACCUGUUACAGGCUGUGAGUCUGGGUCAGAUGCUCAAAACGGUGAGCUCAGUGGACGAUAAGGAGUUUGUCCAAUCCAAGCUGGACACCACUCAGGCCUGUUACAUAGAGCUCCAGGAGCGCUGCAGGAGGAAAGCGGAGAUGCUGCAGCAAGCUCUGGCUAACGCCCAGCUGUUUGGAGAGGAUGAGGUUGACCUCAUGAACUGGCUCAGCGAGGUCCACAUGAAGCUGAGCGAGGUGUCCGUGGAGGACUACAAAAUAAGUGUUCUUGAAAAGCAGCUGGCAGAACAACGGGCGCUUCAGAGUGAUAUCGAGUUGAGGAAGAAAAAUGUUGACCAGGCUAUCUCUAACGGGAUGGAGCUUCUGAAACAAACAACAGGAGAUGAAGUGAUUGUUAUUCAAGGCAAACUGGACGGUAUCAAAACAAAAUACGCUGAGAUAAACUCUGUGAGUGACAAUGUUCUGAAGAAGUUGGAGCGGGUCUUGAGUCUCUCCACAAAGCUUCAGCACACUCAUGAGGAUCUGAGCUCCUGGCUGGAGAAGGUGGAGGCUGAGACGACAGCCUUUGCUGAUCAGGAGCCAGUGGGUGAACAGCUGGUUCAUGCACAAAGCAGGCAGAAGGCCAUGCUGAAAGAGACCAAGGAUAAAAAAUCAGGGAUGGACAAGCUGAAUGAGUUGAGCGGUUCUCUCUUGGAUCUGAUACCCUGGCACACUCGAGAGGGUCUGGACAAGCUGGUGACUGAGGAUAAUGAGCGGUACAGAGCUGUCUGUGACACCAUCAGCCAACAGGUGGACCAGAUCAACGCGGAUAUACUCAAGUCACAGCAGUUUGAACAGGCUGCAGACUCUGAACUCGCCUGGCUCACUGAAGCAGAGAGGAAGUUGCUCUCGAUGGGCGAGAUCAGGCUGGAGCAGGACCAAACCACAGCUCAGCUCCAAGCACAGAAGAUCUUCUCUAUGGACAUCAUGAGGCACAAAGAUGCUGUGGAUGAUAUUGUGAAAACAGGAAAGGCCAUCCUGAACAGCAAAAACCCAGAGGAGAAAGAGAUCUUAAAGGCGAAGACCCAGACCCUCGUUGAGAAGUAUGGUACCGUCAGUCAGCUGAAUUCAGAGCGCUGUCUUCAGCUGGAGCGAGCUCAGUCUCUGGCCAGUCAGUUCUGGGAAACUUACGAGGAGAUGUGGCCCUGGCUUCAGGAGACACUCAACACCUUCAAUCAGCUGCCUCCACCUGCCAUCAAGCACGACGCACUGAGACAGCAGCAGGAGGAACUCAGGCAAAUGCGAGAGCUGAUUGCAGAGCACAAGCCUCACAUCGACAAGAUGAAUAAGACCGGGCCUCAGUUGCUUGAGCUCAGCCCGGUGGAGGGAGAACCCAUCAGAGAGAAGUACACAGUAUCAGACAAGAUGUACACACAGCUCAAGGCUGACGUCACACAGAGAGCUGCUACUCUGGAUGAGGCCAUCUCCAAAUCCACCCAGUUCCAUGAUAAAAUUGACCCGAUGCUGGAGUCCCUCGAAAGAAUCGCUGAGCGUCUGCACCAGCCUCCAUCCAUCUCAGUAGAGGUGGACAAAAUCAGAGAGCAGAUUACAGAAAAUAAGGCCAUCUCUAUGGAUUUGGAGAAACUGCAGCCUGCUUAUGAGACGCUGAAGCAGCGAGGGGAGGAGAUGAUUGCUCGAUGUGAAGGUGCAGACAAAGACAAUGCUGCCAAAGCUGUUCAAGACAAACUGGACCAGAUGGUGUUCCUCUGGAGUGACAUCCAGGUUUUGCUGGAGGAGCGAGAGGCAAAGCUGCUGGAUGUGAUGGACCUGGCAGACAAGUUCUGGUGCGAUCAUUGCGCUCUGAUCGCCACAAUCAAAGACAGCCAGGACCUGCUGAGAGACCUGGAGGAGCCCGGCGUCGACCCCUCAGUCGUCAAACAACAGCAGGAGUUUGUGGAGGGAUUUAAGGAGGAGAUCGAUGGGCUGCAGGAAGAACUGGAUGUGGUCCGGAACCAGGGUGAAGAGCUGAUGACGGCCUGUGGGGAACCUGAUAAACCUGUGAUAAAGAAAAGUGUUGAUGAGGUGAACUCAGCGUGGGAAAGUCUCAAUAAGACCUGGAAAGAGAGAGUUGAAAGACUGGAGGAAGCCAUGCAGGCUGCUGUGCAGUUUCAGGACGGCCUACAGGGCAUGUUCGACUGGGUGGACAUUCUUGAGAGCAAGCUGGAUUCAAUGUCACCUGUAGGCACAGACCUGGAAACCGUCAAGCAGCAGAUGGUCGAGCUCAAGGAGUUCAAAGGAGAAGCAUACCAGCUGCAGAUUGAGAUGGAGCGCCUGAACCACCAGGCAGGCCUCCUGCUGAAGAAGGUGACGGAAGAGGCUGACCGCUCGGCCAUCAAGGAGCCGAUGUCUGAGCUGAAGAUGCUUUGGGAGAACCUGGACGAGAAGAUCAUCAGCAGACAGCACAAACUGGAGGGAGGCCUUCUGGCACUGGGCCAGUUCCAGCACGCACUGGAUGAGCUGCUGGCCUGGAUGAGCCACACGGAGGAGCUUCUGAACGAGCAGAGGAAGGCUGGAGGAGACCCCAAAGCCAUCGAGAUCGAGCUCGCCAAGCAUCAUGUUCUUCAAAAUGAUGUUUUGGCACAUAAGGCAACGGUUGAGUCGGUCAAUAAGGCCGGUAAUGACCUGGUGGAGUCUAGUGCUGGAGAGGAAGCCUCCAGCCUUCAGAGUAAACUAGAAAACUUGAACCAGCGGUGGAAAGCCAUCCUGGAGAAGACGACACAGAGGAAGCAGCAGCUGCAGAGUGCUUUGCUUCAGGCCCAAGGUUUCCAUGGUGAGAUAGAAGAUAUGCAGCAAUGGCUGAAAGACACAGAACGUCAGCUGUUGGCAUCAAAGGCUGUGGGAGGCUUACCAGACACGGCCCGGGAGCAGCUUAACGCCCAUCUGGAGUUGUGUUCUGCCUUCGAGGUGAAGGAGGAGCUGUAUCAAGAGCUGAUGAACAAGGGUCAGCAGCUGCUCGCCGUGACGCCCGAGGGUCCAGACAGCAACACGGAGCAGGACCUCGCCAACCUGAAGGACAAAUGGGAGUCGGCGAAGGGAAAGGUCGCUGAGAGAAAGGUGAAACUAGAGGAAGCUCUGACGCUGGCCACAGAUUUCCACAACUCUCUCCAGGACUUCAUCAACUGGCUGACACAGGCGGAGCAGACGUUGAACAUGGUUUCUCCUGCCUCUCUCAUGCUGGAGACCAUCCUGUUUCAGAUCGAUGAGCAUAAGAUGUUUGUGACCGAGGUGAACUCCCACAGGGAACGCAUCAUCGAUCUGGACAAGACAGGCACGCAUUUGAAAUACUUCAGCCAGAAACAGGAUGUGGUCCUGAUCAAGAACCUGCUGCUCAGCGUGCAGGGCCGCUGGGAGAAGCUAGUGCAGCGUUCAGUUGAGCGUGGUCGUGUGUUGGAUGACGCCAGAAAAAGAGCGAAACAGUUCCACGAAACUUGGAACAAACUGAUGGAGUGGCUGGACGAAUCCGAGAAGACUCUGGACUCAGAAGUGGAAAUAGCCAACGAUCCGGACAAAAUUAAGACGCAGUUGGCGCAGCACAAGGAUUUCCAAAAGGCCCUGGGCAGCAAACACUCGGUGUAUGACACCACCGCUAGAACAGGACGGGCUCUGAAAGACAAGACCUCCCUCCAGGAUGAUAAUCAGAAGCUGGACGACAUGCUGAGUGAGCUGAGGGACAAAUGGGACACUGUUUGUGGCAAGUCAGUGGAGAGGCAGAACAAGCUGGAGGAGGCUCUGUUGUUCUCAGGCCAGUUCACAGACGCUCUGCAGGCUCUCAUUGACUGGCUGUACAGAGUGGAACCUCAGCUGGCUGAGGACCAGCCCGUACACGGAGACAUAGACCUGGUUCUGAACCUGAUAGACAACCACAAGGUUUUCCAGAAGGAGUUGGGAAAGCGCACAGUAAGCGUUCAGGCCCUCAAACGAUCAGCCAGGGAGCUGAUUGACAGCAGCAGUGAUGACUCGUCCUGGGUCAAGGUUCAGAUGCAGGAGCUGGGCAUUCGCUGGGAGACGGUGUGCAACCGCUCUGUGUCCAAACAGGCUCGACUGGAGCAGGCUCUGUGUCAGGCGGAGGAGUUUCACUCUACAGUUCAUAUCCUGCUGGAGUGGCUGGCUGAGGCAGAGCAGAGUCUGCGCUUCCAUGGCAGCCUGCCCGAUGAUGAGGAGGCUCUGCAGGCGCUGAUUGAACAACACAAGGAGUUCAUGAAGAAACUGGAGGAAAAGAGAGUCGCUCUAAAUAAAGCAACCAGUAUGGGGGAGGCAAUUCUGACCAUCUGCCAUCCAGACUCGAUCACAACCAUCAAACACUGGAACACCAUCAUUAAGGCUCGGUUUGAAGAGGUUCAGGCUUGGGCCAGACAGCACCAGCAGAGACUGGCCACAGCUCUCACUGAGCUGUUGACCACUCAGGAGCUGCUGGAGAACCUGCUGUCAUGGUUGCAGUGGGCUGAGACCAACCUAAACAACAAGGACAAGGAGCAGCUUCCACAGGAGCUCGAGGAGGUCAAGGGCCUGAUAGAAGAGCACCAGGCAUUUAUGGAGGAAAUGACCAGGAAGCAACCAGAUGUUGACAAGAUCACAAAGACACACAAAAGGAAGGCUGCCCUAGAGCCCCAGAACCAGUCUCAGAUCCCCGUGCUCGGCAAAGGAAGACCAGGAAGAAAACGUUCGCCCACACAAACCAUGUAUACAUCGGCGACACAGGCUCCCAUCGAGACCAAGAACCCCCGGGUGAACCUGCUGGUCACUAAGUGGCAGCAUGUGUGGCUGCUGGCUUUGGACAGGAGGAGGAAACUCAAUGAUGCUUUGGACAGACUGGAGGAGUUGAAGGAAUUUGCCAACUUUGACUUUGAUGUGUGGCGGAAACGUUACAUGCGCUGGAUGAACCACAAAAAGUCUCGCGUCAUGGACUUCUUCCGCCGCAUCGACAAGGAUCAGGAUGGCAAAGUGACCCGACAGGAGUUCAUCGAGGGAAUUCUCUCCUCCAAAUUCCCUACGAGUCGUCUGGAGAUGAGCGCUGUGGCAGACAUCUUUGACAGAGACGGUGACGGCUACAUUGACUACUACGAGUUUGUGGCAGCUCUUCAUCCCAACAAGGACGCUUACAAACCUCUGACAGAUGCUGACAAAAUUGAAGAUGAGGUGACACGUCAAGUAGCUAAAUGCAAAUGUCCAAAACGAUUCCAAGUGGAGCAAAUCGGUGCCAACAAAUACCGGUUCUACCUUGGAAACCAGUUUGGAGACUCUCAGCAGCUCCGUCUGGUACGGAUCUUGCGCAGCACUGUGAUGGUGCGGGUGGGAGGAGGCUGGAUGGCUCUGGAUGAGUUCCUGGUAAAGAAUGAUCCCUGUAGAGCUAAAGGCAGGACCAACAUGGAGCUGCGAGAGAAGUUCAUCCUCCCAGAAGGCACCACUCAGGUGAUGGCGAGCUUCCGCUACCGAGGCCGGAGAUCUCGGCCGUCGUCCAGAGGAGCUUCUCCCAACAGAUCCAUGUCCAGUCAGAGCUGUCCGGUCCCCGCACACCAGGCGGUAACCACCACAUCCAAGACUCCCCAACACAUAACCCGCAAUUAUGAUAAGCCUUGGCUUACAAACAGCAAACCCUCCACUCCUCUUAAAUCAUCAUCAGACUCCUUUGGGAGCCAGGGUUCAUCCUCAGAGGGUACGCCAGUGCAAGGCAGCAAAUUACGUCUGCCCGGGUUCAUGUCAGGAAAAGGACUGCAGUCCGGUGAAGAGGGAACUCUGAUCAGCGCUGCUGUGCUGAAAGCUCGAACACAGACGAUAGGCGAAUCAAGAAAAAAUUCCAGCCGACCUGGAAGUAAAGCUGGAAGCAGAGGGAGCAGUCGCAGAGGAAGUGACGCCUCUGACUUUGACAUCUCAGACAUCCAGUCUGUUUGCUCGGAUGCGUCCGAGACCGUGGGCGACUCGGCCCGAGCGACGCCACGCUCCGCAUCACGACAGCACGGAGGAAAACCCUCCAAAAUCCCCACUCCCCAGAGAAAAACCACUCCCACGAGCAAACUGGCCAAGGGAUCCAAGCGAUAGUCAGUGGCCUUGAAAACAAAAAAUCCCAGGAGCUAGUUGCACCCCAAACACGUGAUGGACACUGGAGAAUCUAACUUAAAGACUGCAAUGUGUUGAGUGUUAUUUAAAUUGUUGCAAAGAUGUAAAAUAUUCUGUUGAGAGGAACUAUGGUUUAAUAUUAUGUGAGAAUGGAUGGUUAAUGGCCUUGUGUCUUUGUUUUUAACGUAUUUUAUUUUCUGUGAAAAAUGUCAAAUUGUUUUUAUUGUAUUUUAUUUUAUUGAUGAUGAACCUGUAGAGGUUUGAUGAACACUAGAAAACCCUGGGAUGACUACACCGCACGGUUAGCUAACAUUUCUAAACACACUAAUGAAGGGCAACACGCAGGAUAGCGCUCUGAAAGUUACUGAAUGUACUGUAAUUUAUGUUUGCUGAUGUUUGGAGUAGAUGGUGCAUUAUGGUACCAUUAAGACACUGCAAUUAUCUAUUUAAGUGCUAUGAUAUACUGCCAACAUGCAUUUAAAGGGCAAUGCAAUAUACUACAAUAAACCCCAGUAAGCACUGCAGAAACCUUUGAAAACACUAUUUAAGGCAAGUAGCAGAAACCUUGUAACCAUGAAGCUUUGAAGUCCUGUUUGUUUGUGAGCAGCUGAAGUCCCUGUUUUGUUUGGCCACUUCACAGCAGUGUGUGCAUUGACCUUUAAAAGGUGCCACUCCAUGUAGACAUUCUAUUGUGCAUCCAUGUCAGUGUAUGGUUAAUUUCGGUAGAGCUGAAAUUGUUACUGUAUCAUUACUUUGUAAUAAACCUGCUUGCAGAAAACCACCAGAAAACUGGUGAAGACCACA